GGGUCAGGCGUGGAGGGCGCGGAACCUUCGCCACCCGGAGCUGUCCCGGCUCCGGCGCCUUGGCCGCCGGCUUUUGGGUGCAGCGUCUUCGCCGGUGAAUACCGCUUCCGCUCUCCGGGUGUGGCCGCCAGUCGGGUUGCUCUGCUGUGCUCCAUCUCCUUCUUCUAAAGAUGCAUCCUGACUUAUCUCCACACUUGCAUACUGAAGAAUGCAACGUCUUGAUUAACUUGCUUAAGGAAUGUCACAAAAAUCACAGCAUUCUGAAAUUUUUUGGUCAUUGCAAUGAUCUUGAUCGGGAGAUGAGAAAAUGCUUGAAGAAUGAGUACAUGGAAAAGAGGAACAAGAGCAGGGAGCGUGGCAACGCAAUGCGAAAGAGACUUUUUAAUCCUCCAGAGGAAUCUGAAAAAUAGAUCAUAUUUUCACUGGAUGCCUUGGCUGAGAGAAGACCCAAAGACUCUUGGGUGGUAGCUGAAGGAAUCCCGUUGCAUUUGGUCUCCAGAAUUCUUUGAAUGGAAAGUGACCCAUGAGAAAUCGAGCCUUGGAGAAGUAUGGCAGCCCUGGAUCCGGAAUGUUGGUUGGGCAGAGCUGUUAGAACUCUCUCUCCUCUUCCAGCGCACCUGAGACUUCUAACGUGUUUGUUCCCUUUGCCUACGGCCCGUUGACAUUUGAGUAACUUAUCUCCCUCAAUAAAAUCAUUGAUUCUAA